GGUUAGCGGGCAGGGACCGGGAACACACACUGAGAGGGAGGCAUGGACAGGGAGACUGUGUCCAGGUGAGCUGCUGGGGACGGACAGAGGGACACCGAGAGCUGACAUCUGCACUGGAGCAGCUUGGGAGCUGACGUACAGAGAGGGGGACGAUGUGGAGAGAGACAAUAACACUCUGCCUCUACCUACUGGCAGGUGUGACAGCGGAGAUUGAGAUUGAGUUGGCGAGUACAGUGAGUGUGGUCGUUGGGGAAGAUGCCAACCUGACAGUGAGCUACAGCAGCACCUCCCGGCCUCACGUCACCUGGUCCUCAGGAGAUGUCUUUGCCUUUUGGAACAUUGGCGAGAAUACAUCCGUGAGUGUUUCAGCUGAAUACGAGGAUCGGCUGAUGGUGAACACCAGCACAGCGUCCAUUGUCAUUGCCCGCACCCGGUUAACCGACAGCAGCCUGUACUCUGUCUCCCUCAGUGCCGUGGGAGAGAGACCAACCAGCCGGAACGUCACCCUCAGGGUCUACGAGCUGAUCACUGAUGUCAGGGUGGCAGUGCCCACGUCUGAUAUUGAGGAGGGUGACCCGGACAUCGUGUUGACCUGUGCCAUGAACUCGGGGACCUGGGAUUUGCUGAGCUGGCGUAAGGAUGGAGAGAUGAUCCAGGGAGAUUCCCGCCGGAUCCUGGCCGGUAAUGAGUUAACCAUUCGGAAGGUGAUCCGAGGGGAUACCGGAUCCUAUUCCUGCUUCGUUCAGAAUCCCUUCAGCAACGGCAGCGCCCAGGGCUCGCUCAGUGUUUACUAUGGCCCUGAUGUGCCCAGGGUCACCAUCACCUCGCCCGGUGACCCCAGCCCGGAGAGCUACGUCCUGGUGAACUCCACGGUGACCCUGAACUGCAGCAGCGCCUCGGAGCCAGAGGCCGGCUACGUGUGGAGCGUCGGGGAGAGCGGGAAUACCGAGGUCCCACAGGGCGCCGUCCUCACCCUGCACCACAUCCGCCUCGACCAGGCCGGAACCUACAGCUGCAUCGCCACCAACCCCCGGCUCUCCCGGAGCGUCCGCAAGUCCCUCAUCCUCAACGUCUACG